ACUACCAAGUCUUAUCAAAAACUUCCUUGAAGGAUUCUUGUCCAGCUUGGCAUUGCUGAUCUUUUUUGCAAUCUUACCAAUGGUUCUGAGAUACUUAUCAAAGAUGCAAGGUCUYGUGUCAUUGAGUGAAGUAGAACAAGCAACACUUUCAAAGCUCUUCAUCUUCAAGGUUGUCAAUCAAUUUCUGUUCCUGACAGCUGGUUCAGCACUGAAAGAACUUGAGAUCAUGAUCAAAAAGCCAGACAAUAUUCCUAUGUAUUUAGGCACAACUCUUCCAUCCCUUUCAUCUUUCUUUMUUUCAUAUCUCAUGCUAUGUUCCUUUACUGUAUAUCCCAUGGAACUACUACGUCCAGUGCCUUUAUUGAUUUAUUCAUUGAAAAAGAAAUUUUUUCACCCAACACCGAGAGAAGAAAGAGAAAGCUGGAGACCCCCASCAGUGCCUUACGAUGCACUGUUUGCAGAUCAUCUACUUGUUCUUAUCAUUGGUCUUUGUUUUUCUGUCAUGGCUCCUUUGGUUUCAAUAUUUGUGUUAUUUUAUUUUGGUUUUGGUUAUGUGGUGUGGAUGUAUCAAAUCCUUUGUGUYUAUAUUCCUACCUACAGUUGUGGUGGUAUGWUGUGGCCUGUCGUCUUUAAAAGAAUAAUAGCCAGCGUUGUGGUAUUUCAUCUCGUUAUGAUUGGAAUCUUUGGACUCAAGGAUUUGGUUUCUAUUCCAUCGUUACUCACUCCUCUUCCCAUCAUGACGAUCUUAUUUUACCUUUACAUGAUGAGGUCAACGGCCAUUUCCUCGGCUUUUCUCUCYGAUGCAAUUAGUGCUGACCUUCCUGAAGCCAAUCCGAGUAUUUUGCAGGCUGCCACCAAACAAUACGUCAGGAAUCACAAAUUACCCUCRCAAUUCAGUUUAAGUACAGAUUCUUCUACUGAGAAUCUGACUGGUUACCAGGAAAUACCCGAAGCAACUGAAAGAUCGCCAUUACUAGUACCGGUCAAACCUUCUACAUCACCUGACGAAGGAAAUGAGGACCACUUUCAGAUUUAGCCUGAUUGAUAUGUUUACCUGAGGGACGCCUAUGAAAAAUGGAUGGACCGAGAGGUAAAGAGAUUAUGAAUUGACAAUUGAAUGGUAAGGGAAUGAUUGACUUGGGACAAUCCGAAAGAACGUUGAUGCAUCGCCUUUC